AACCAGAAUAGUAACCAAAUGUUGUUACGUUGUCGAUACUAACCCUGAAUUUUAUUAUUGGUGUUGCCGACACUGAAUUAAUACACGUGCUGUCACCAAGAGUUUCCCAAACAAAGUAAGGUUAUUUGAAAAUCCACUUUCCAAAAUGGAUGUUGUGAGCGAAGUUUUACAAAAAUCCCAAGAGGAAAGUUCCAAAUAUAAGCCAAUUACUGUAGAGAAACACAUAGAUUUGGAAUAUGAUGUGGCAUCUCUUUUGGUUUACGACUUCAACCAAUUCAACGCUCAAUACUUCGAACGGGACGCAAAUGGUUAUCUUUUGGAUUUGGCAAGAGACAACACCCAGCUUCUAAUAAACCAGUUAUGGGAAUUACCAACAGAAAGAGUCGAGGAAGCGAUAGUGGCAAAACUGCCUCUUCCAAAGACCGUUUUGCCACGAGCAAAGCCGGUGCCGAAACCAAAGGAAUUGACUAAAUGGGAGCAGUUUGCCAAAGAGAAAGGCAUUCAGAAGAAGAAAAAGUCAAAGCUUUCAUGGGACGAUCAGUUGCAAAAAUGGGUGCCGCUUUUUGGAUUUAAAAGGUCACAAGCAGAAAAGGAGAAAAAUUGGGUUUUGGAAGUGCCGCAAAACGCGGAUCCUACUGAAGACCAGUUUGCCAAGAAAACUGUUUCAAAAUCAGAAAAUGUUGCGAAGAACGAACUGCAGAGAUUGAGAAACAUAGCCAAGAGAAGAAACAUCAAAAUUCCAAGAGUUGGACUCACUAAUCCAGAGGUUGCUUCAGCUAAGGACCUUCAAGCAGCCGUUACCGUGGCAAAAGCCUCCACAGCGAGUCUGGGAAAGUUUCAGGACAGAUUGCCGAAAGAAAAGGAAGCAACGGGAGUGACAACAAUCACUCCGGGCGCUUCAAAGAAAAGAAAAUUACCCCCCGUUUCAGGAGACGUGGAAAAGAAACAAAAUCUUGAUGUGGUUGAAUCAAUUUUGAAUAAGAGACCAAAAUUCGACGUUGAAAAAUCUGUUUCCAAACAGAUACAGACAAAGUUGGAUUUGACUGAAACCAUACAGGACAGGGUCAAGGGUGGGAGGAAAAACCAAAUUAGAAAUAAGGCGAGUAAGAAACCGAAAGGUUCAAAAGGACAAAGGGCAGGAGGAAAAAUCGGAGCGGGGAGAAAGCGGCGCUAAUAUUCGAUGAAAACGGCUAAUUGCAUUACGUACGUCAGUUCCAAUUGUGUAUGCAGAGUCUUUAAUCGCCUUUUCCAUUACUGACAGCAUAUAUUUGAAAAAUGAGUUUCUAUUUUUUUUAACUACAGGAUUGUCAGACUUCAUUUUCACCAAUUUUGAAAUCCAUUUUUUACAUAUUUGCUUAUCUGUAACAAAAGGUGUUACACAGUGUACAUUUCGGUCAUAUUUAAUAUUUCUUUUUUCGGUUUGCUGCUCUAUUCGCCCGUGCUUGUAACAGUGCAAAACAAAUCAGCAAGCCGAAAAAAUGUAUUAAUACUAUUAACCUAAACGGAAAGUGAUUCAAAUUAGUCACACUGCUACAUGUAUAAUGAAUAUUUCUGUAACAAACUGUUAAUGCUGGUUUACAUUAUUUUUCGAAUUAGCUGCUCAGCCGGAUUUUCUUAGGAAACAUAUUGCUAUUUGCUUUAUAUAAAAUAGGAAUUUUUGUUAUACAGGGCUUUUGGUAAGAUCUGGUGGUUCAUUCGUUGCUGGGUGUUAAGCGCAAGUAAUCUAAAUAGUGAAACUGUUACGGAAAAACUAAGGUGCUGCUCACUUUUAAUUAAAUACCACACUAGUUUUCGUAAAUUGUGGUUUUAGAAUUAAAUUAUUUUAAUGAAAAUGAAAAUAUUUUUCAAUGGCAACCGCCCAAAAUCAUUCAACAUUCCCAGUUGCUAAUCAAUUUGCUCAAAAUUACUUUUUUGUUUCUAAUUAAAAUUUCAAUCGCAUUAUUAUUAAUUUUUUUUAUUUAAUUUUUUUCAUUUUAUUAAAUAUUGAAUGUUUUUGUGCUUUGAUCCCCUGCAAUAAAUGCAUCGCCGUACCAAACAUCCUGUAUAAUUGCACUGUACAUAGGCUAUAUUGCCAGACAUCGAUAAAAAAAUCAUUUUUUUCUACGAAAAGCCGUACUCACCAGUUUCAAGAGAUUUUCUAUAAACAAUAAGUGAAGUAGGUAUAUAAUAUCGAUUUUAUUACAUUUUCAGACCCUAGUUGUCAAUAAACACUAUUCGAUUGGUUCCCAGUUAUGUUCAUUCUCAAAUGAGUCUUAUUCAAUAAAUAUAGAGUUUUGUGUAGUUAAACACCAAUAAACCAAACAUUGUAAGGUGGAAGUAGUAGGUAAGUUCUAUAAUCUUAUAGUAUUAUCUUAGUGUAGUCAGUAGUAGAGUCUCUUGAAACUGAAGCUAAUGAGCAAGAAAAUAAUCGCACAUUUCUAAUUAUAAUUUAAUGCUUUAAAUGCUAGCAAGCUUCAAAAUAUUUUUAUCGAUUUAGGUUUGUUCGUUGAGCCUAUGAGACAACAGGCUCUAGGAGAUAAACUUUUAUUUCCCGUUGAGCCUUUGUGUGAUAUCAGGAUCAAUCUAGGUAUUUGCGAAAAUAUCUGUGAAUUGUACUCUGUUUUUCUAGGUGUGAUUGUGGGUAAUUGCAUUUUGUUACAGUAAAUUAUACAUUUAUAGAUGCA